AUGCUUGACGGCAUGCAGGAUAUCAUUAAUAAGGGAGUUACUGCUCAAAUUAAGUUUUUAAACAUCUUCGCUAUGAAUUUGUUUAAAGAAGUCCUAAAUGAUAUCAACAAAAUCAAAGAAAAAACAUAUAACUUGAGCGAAAAGAUCAGACUUAUCAAGGAGUCGAAUACUCAAUACUUAAAUUUCUUUUACGAACAAGAUGGCACAUUUUUCUUUGACAGACGCGUUGAAAAACCUUACUAUCCUCGAAUUGAAUACACAAGACAAGAUUUCCCCGGUCAAUCAAUCCAAAAUAUCGCAACAAUGAUGGAAUUCCCCAAGCAAGUACUUAACUUUGACAACUUUGCUGGAAUUGGUCGUGUUAAAGAUCCGGAUGAAAUCAUGAAGAGAAUCUCAGAUCCAAGUAUUUUGCUUAAUCAGUAUGCAGACGAACUUAGAGAGGAAUUAAACGUCAUGGGAGACAACAAGGGUGAAGCGAAGCCUGCCAAAUCCGCAAAUGCUCGCAGAAAUACAUUAUUCACUCAAAAAGAAUCUGAUGCCAUUAUCUCUGUCUACGCAGGCCACAUCAGAUCCCAAGAUCGUGUUCUUGUUGCUCCUCCAAAGCCAGGUACCGAAGAUUGGCGUGGCUGGGUGAAGAAUUAUGUUGUUCGUUACAAAGCCGACGAAGAAGCCACAGGAAUCCCAAUUGAAGACACGGCCAAUCACGAGCGCAAGCCACGUGCUCCAAAGAAGCCACGUCCAGCCUACAUUCCUAAACCGAAACCGGUUCAUGUGGCCACAUUACAGCCACAACGCCCAGAAGAGCCUAAAGCAGCUUCCAGAUCAUCAAUCAACAUCUCCACAUAUACGAAUGUCUACAGCAACGAAGCAGAAUCCAAUCCUACAAAGGAUAAGAAGCACAAAGACAAAGAUAAAGACAAACACAAGAAGGACAAGGAUAAGAAGAAGAAGCAUACCUCGGAAGACAGGAAGAAGAGGAAGGAGGAAAAGAAGGCGAGAAAGGAAGAAAGAAAACGUGGAAAGACAAUGAAAGAAUCAAAGGACUCAAAAGAUUCAAGAAGAUUCUCUUUCGACGCUGCUCCUCCUCCACCAGCCGCUGCAGCACCUCCUCCACCUCCUCCGCCACCACCACCAGCUGGAUUGCCUCCGCCACCAAAGACAGGUGGAGGUGGACCAAUCGCGCCGAAACCAAAGGCUGCACCACCGCCACCACCGAAACCAGCUGCUCCAGACUACUUGUCGCUCAUCAAACAGGGUUACUGGACUCUCAAGAAGGUCAAUGUCAACAAGGAAGAAGAAAAGAAGAAACCAGAGAUUGAUCCUAAAUCUGCUAACGUCGCUGAGCUCCUCUUGAUGGAAAUGCAGAGAAGAAGAGAAGAUGUCCAGGAGAGUGAGUCUAAUGAUGAGGACGAACAGACAGAUUCUGAAUCUGAUUGGUAA